AUGGCUAAUCAUCAUCCGGUUGUAGUCGAUUCCAAGGUAUGGAAAGCAUGCGUUGGUUCUUUUUCAAUUCCAUCCGUUGGUGAAUCUGUAUACUACUUCCCCGAAGGUCAUGCAGAGCAGUUACGAUCAAUUCCUGUUUUUUCUCCGGCGGUUUAUGAUAAACCCUUAAUUCUAUGUCGUGUUACCGGCAUUAGGUUUCUUGCCAAUUCUGUAACAGACGAAUUGUUCGCUAGCAUUCGAUUAGUACCCAUUUCCGGCUCCGAUGAAAGUUUGAAAAUUGAAGGUGCAAUCGAGAACAAAGUCGAGGAGAGGAUUGAAACAUUCAGCAAGAAACUGACGACGUCUGACGCAAAUAACGGGGGAGGGUUUUCAGUGCCUAAGCUUUGCGCUCAAUUGAUACUUCCGGAGUUGAAUCUUCAUGAAAGAAAUCCGGUGCAGUUUCUUCGGUUUAAGGAUGUUGUGGGUCGUGAAUGGGUUUUUCGUCAUGUCUAUAGAGGUAGUCCUCCCCGACAUUUACUGACGACCGGUUGGAGCAUAUUUGUUGAUGCUAAGAAACUGGUGCCAGGUGAUUCUAUUGUGUUGAUGAAGAAUACAAGUACAGAUCAGUAUUAUGUUGGGAUUCGUAGAGUGAGGGAGAUUCAUAGUCUUGAUCAGGCUGAAAAUCAGGAAGGUGGUAAUGAUGAAGGUGUGAUUUCGAAAGAGUUGGUUGUGGAGGCAGCAGAGUUAGCUGCGGCGAACAAGCCUUUUCAGAAAUCUUGCUUCUUUAAUUGGGCUGAUGGAGUUAGAGUGAAGAUGGCUAUUCAGAGUGAUGAUUCAUCUUCCAAGAAGGGAUGGUAUCAAGGCACUGUAAAUUCACAAUUGGUUCAAGCUCCUGAUCUUGAUCCUAAUCCUAAUCCUAAUCCUAAUCCUAAUCCUAAUCCUAAUCCUAAUCCUAAUCCUAAUCCAUGGCGUGUAACUUCUCCAUGGAAAAUGCUUUUGGUUGAAUGGGACCGUGUAGAAAACAUGAACAAUAGAGUAAGCCCAUGGCAAGUGGAAUGCGAGCACUAUAUGCCUCCAACAGAACUGUUUUAUGCUUCUACUUCUGCUUCUUUUGAGAAAGCAGCAAGUUCUAAAAGAAGAAUAAUAAAUUUCUUUCCUAUCAGGACAGGACCAUUAAACAACAAUGCUAAUGUUUCUGCUGCCGCUUCUAUCCAUUACUCUAUUCAUGCUCGUAAUUACGGCAUGCAGGGAGCCAGGCAACAAGAUCACCACCACUUAUACGAUCAAAUACCCAUUUUUCCUAACUUUAUGCACCACCAACCCGGAUUACUACUAUCUUCUGACUCGAGCCUUGCACCAUCCACAUCUAAUUCUCACUCAGGAAAAAUCAUUUCACUCGAGAGUCAAAACAACAACAACAGAAAUCACACUUCUGAAUCACCACCUACGGUUAGCGAAUAUUCAGAAAAGGAUAAUGUUGAUAAUUAUUCUUCAAUCAAAUUGUUUGGUAAGAACAUCUGUGUCAAGGAUCCCCCUUCUUCUACUAUGGAUUAG